UCUUCUUCCUCCCCCUUUGCUUUAUCUCCCUCUUUCACUUCACACUUCUUCUUCUUCUUCGAGAGAGAGAUAUAUAUAUAUAUAGAGAGAGAAAGGAUGGUGUUAGGAAAGCGUCAUGGAUCUCUGAUCAAGAGAACAACAAGCAUGAAUAUGAUCACACUCGAUACACCCACGAUCUAUGAUGCAUCUCAGCCGUCCGAUCAUCUAACCUUUCAUCAACAUCAUCAUACUCCGACGAAGGUGGUGAUGGCUACUAACUACGAUGAUUUCUUGAAGACUUGUAGCCUCUGCAAUCGAAGUCUCUGCCAUCAUCGUGACAUUUACAUGUAUAGAGGGAACAACGCAUUUUGUAGCUUGGAGUGCAGAGAGAAGCAAAUUAAGCUGGACGAGAGAAAAGCGAAAAGCGGCUUAGUCGCAUCCAAGAAACCAAUUCGUAUAUAAAUCAAUCAUGCAUGAAUGAUCUCUGUAUAAUAAUAACUUUUCCUUAUGGGUUAAAUUAGUAUGUUUGCGUUUUGUUGUAUAUAAGAAUGAUGAAAAAGUCGAGGAAAAAAAAACAAUAGAAAAUGAGAUUAAAAGAUGUAGCGAUCAUAUACAAUGUAGCUUGACCAUAAGCACUUAAGGAUUAUAAUUUAAUUAUGAGCUGUAGAGUAGUCGAAUUUGCUUUUGUUCGUGUGAUUUUCGUCUGUGGUGUGUAAUAAUAUAUGUAAUGUAAUAUCAAUAUAUUGAUGUGUUUAUAUA